AUGUCUUCUAUCCUGAGCACGCUCGGUCUUCGCGCCGCCGGCGGCAGUCCCGCCCCCAGUCAUGCCGCGGCCUUCCUAGUGGGCAACUGGGUCUUCGCCCACAUGGCGACGAACAGUCGCUGGGAGAAGAUGAGGCUCGGAAUUGACAACAACGUUGCGCCGCGCGAGGAUCUGGCCACGAUCGGCGAAGCGGCUGUGAAAGAGGGCAAGAUUUCCCGAUCCACGUUGAACCGAUUGAAGCGCAAGGACGCUACGUCGACCAAUUUGAUCGAUGGUUUCCCCUUCCUUGUCGCAUCUAUUCUCUUCGCUACUGUCGCCGGGGUGCCCAACGAGACCAUCAACACGAUCGGAGUGUGGUAUUCGGUGUCGCGGAUCGCGUACGCCGUUUCAUAUAUAUAUGGUGAGACUCAGGCUAUGGGUUCUAUUCGCUCUUUGGCCUGGCUGUCGGCAAAUAUCAGCUGUAUCACUGGCCUGGUCUUGGCCAGCAAGAGACUGUGA